CACAAACACCAAAAAUCCACCCCACACCCCACCAAAGAUCACCACCACCAUCACAUCCCAAAUUCCUCACCACAACCCCCAAAGCCUUCACAAUGCCUCUAAUAAUCAUAACCGGUUACCCCACCGCCGGCAAAACCCACCGCGCCACCCAACUCGCCUCCUACUUCUCCUCCCUCCCCCUCCCCCCGCGCAUCCACCACAUCACCGACACCUCCCUCGCCAUCCCGCACACAGUCUACGACCUCUCCUCCGCCGGCGCUCACGAGCGCUCCGCCAACGCUUCCGAAAAGGAUGCUCGCGCCCGCGUGUAUGCGGAGGUGAAACGCCAUCUCAGUCCAAAUGAUCUUGUGAUCUGCGAUGCCGCGGGGGGGAACUACAUAAAGGGAUGGCGAUACCAGUUAUUCUGCGAAGCGAAAGCGCUGCGGACGCCGUGCUGUGUGGUUCAUGUUGGGACGCCGGUGGAAACUGCGAGGGGUGUGAAUGAAGCGCGGCUUGCGGCGCGGGAACGGGGGGAGGAAGGGGCGGGGGAGCCGUAUGAGAAGGAGACGUGGGAGAAUCUGGUGUUUAGGUAUGAAGAGCCUAAUGGGAUGGUGAGGUGGGAUAGUCCUCUUUUCACAGUAGGAUGGGAGGAUGCAGAGAUUGAUUUCGAGGCGAUUAAGGAGGCUGUUUUGGGAGGGGGAGUAGUGAGGCCUAAUGCCGCGACUGUGGCGACGAAGCAUGUGGAGGAGGGGUAUUUGUAUAGGCUUGAUCGCGAGACGCAGGCGGUUGUGAGUAAGAUUCUGGAGUGGGUGAAGGAUCAUGAGGGGGAGGAGGGAGGGGUGAUUGAUAUGGAGGAGGAGGCGCAAAGGAAGGUGAGGUUGGCGGGGAAGAAGGGACGGAGGGAUGAGGAUGAAGGGGAGGAGGGAGGGGGGUUGGAGUUGGCGCUUCCGCAGGUUAAAUUGGGGGUGCCGGUGCUGCAGAGAUUGAGGAGGCAGUAUAUUCAGCUGCAACGGCUUGAACCGAGCGGGGCGGGGAGAGUCAGAGAGGGAUUUAUUGGGUUUUUGAAUGCGGCUUUUGAGGAGAUGUAAGAGCGACUGAGGUUAAAAAUAGCGUAGAUUAGAAAGGAUGAAUUAUGGGAUAGAAAGAGAUACCCAAGGCGUUUAAAUGUGUCGGAGGUUAGCGA